CUAAUCAUUCACGUUGGCAUUUGCCUUUUUUAAUAUCAUAAUUAUAAAUUAAUCAGUUUUGCACUCCAUGGUUAGUAAACUAUUUCUUAUAGUAUCCAAAAAAUGGGUACCGUUACUCCAAGCGAUUUUGAUAAAGAGACUUUAAAAUCCAAAACAAGUGUUCAGGAAUCUGAUAACGCCAGCAGUGAAAACAAUGAAAUACGGGAUCAACAAAAAACCGUAGAGAAACAAGAAACAAACAAUGAUUCAUUACUAUCGAAAAAGAAAAAUGCUCGUAAACGAUCAAAAUUACGUAAACUGCAAAUGCCUGAUUCAAACAAUGCACAAACAGAAGCAAUACAUAAUGAGACCCAGGGAUACGAAGAAAAAGAAAUAGCUUCUACUUCAUCUAUUGACUGUAAAAUACCGAAUAAUAACUUGAACGCUCAAGCCACAAAAGGAAAUAACCAUAAGCAUGGACAUUAUAUAAGUGAAAAUUUCAAUAAUCUACAUAUAUCUCCUCAGACAGCCAAAUUUAACACACAAAGUGCUGAGUCUGUUCAAGAUUUUUUCAUAAGACAAGUUGUACCUUUGUAUUCAAAUGCUCAGUACAUGGAAAAUCUUGCACAUCAUCCUCAGUUUCAGUUAACACAAAAUAUAAAUACAGCUCAGCCUGGACGCGGUUCACCUCAAAUGCAUCCCAAAGUUGGAUAUCCAAUAAGUGUCCCUAAUUCUCCUAUGGUUUAUGGAAGUCCCAGUUUUCCAUUUCAACCAUCAAAUUUACAUUCUCCGAAGUAUGUACAAAAUUUUAUUCAACAUCCAUUACUAAAUUAUUCCCUUAAGUCCCCAAAUCAUACAAACAAUAUAUGUAGGAAUGUUUUUCCUGGAUCACCAAGUGGACAUUAUAUUAAUUCUCCUCUGAGUAAAAACAAAGAUUGUAAAAAAGAUGUGAAUAAUGAGGAUAGAAAAUUUGAGUCAUAUAUGUCAAAAGAAAAUGUGGAAGCUGGUUUGCUAGAAAAUUCUUUAAUUCAGGGAGUAAUAAGAAUCAAUCCAAAGCAGUUUCAACAUGCUUAUAUAACAGGUACAGAUCGUAGCGAACAAGAUGUUCUGAUAGAUUCAGUCAAAAAUAGAAACCGGGCCUUAGAAGGUGAUGUUGUUAUUGUACAAAUUAUUGAUAGCGACACUGAAGAGUCUAAUGAAACUAAUGAAGUUAAACAGAAAAAAGGAAAAGUUGUUUAUAUCAAAGAAAAAGUGCAUACUCGGUCAUGUAUUGGUUCUUUAAUGUUAAUGCCUGAUAAAAAUAGACAACGAGCUCUAUUUGUACCCCGAGACUACAGAAUACCAAGGUUAAAUAUAUCUUUUACAUUUUGGCCAGAUAAUUUUUAUACUGAUUACAAAAGGUAUGAAAAUACAUUAUUUUUAGCAACAAUUUUAGAAUGGUAUGAUACAAGAUUUGCAAUGGGUAGGAUUGUGUGUAAUAUAGGCGAAUCAGGAGAUAUGCAGUCAGAAACUAAAGCUAUUCUGGCACAGACUGAUUUAGAUGUGACACCAUUUCCACCAGAUGUUAAGCAUUUAUUUCCAAGCUUAGACUAUGUUAUACCUGAAGAUGAGAUAAAAUUAAGGGAAGAUUGUCGUAAAUUAUGUAUAUUUAGUAUAGAUCCUUCUAACUGUAGAGAUAUUGAUGAUGCUGUAUCAUGUAGAAAACUUGAUAAUGGCAACUUUGAGAUUGGUGUUCACAUAUCAGAUGUAUCUCACUUUUUGGCAGAAAAUACUAUUUUAGAUAAAAAAGUAGCAGAAAAGGCUACAACAAUAUACAUGGUAGAAAGAGCUUAUCACAUGCUGCCAGAUGAACUUUGUAUGCUUUGUUCCCUUUUCCCUGGAGUUGAUAAACUUGCUUUCUCUGUAUUUUGGGAAAUAACAGAAGAUGCUCAAAUUCAAAAUACAAGAUUUUCUAAAACUAUCAUUCAUUCUUGUUGUCAAUUAGCAUAUGAACACGCCCAAACUGUUCUUGAUGAUAAAGAAGAAUCCGAAGCAAGUUUCCCAGAAAUUUACAAUGGCUUUAAAUUUUUAGAUAUUUUAGAAAGUCUUAAAAAUCUUGGCAGAAUUUCAUCUAUUUUGCGGGACAGACGUUUUAAAGGCGGAGCAUUAAGAAUUGAUCAAGUAAAGGUUUCAUUUCGCUUAAGUCCCACUAAUGGUAUGCCAGAAUCAUUUCAGAUUUGUGAAAGCAAACAAAGUCAUCAACUCAUUGAAGAAUUCAUGUUACUUGCAAAUAUGGCUGUUGCAAAUAAAAUUUAUGAGGACCAUCCAAAAUUAGCAUUUUUAAGAUGUCACCCUGAACCUAGUAACUACAUGUUACGGCAAUUGGCCAAAGCAUUAAAACCUAUGGGAAUUGAUUUAGAAAUAAAUUCUGCUGGUCUCUUAUACAAAUCACUGUUACCAUAUAUGGAUCCCAAUGCAGACAAAGGAAAAGCCAUGGUACUGAGUAUGUUGUGUGCUAAGCCAAUGGCAAGAGCAAAGUAUUUUUGUGCUGGAGGCUGUGAAGAAGAUUUCAAUCAUUAUGCAUUAAAUGUUCCACUGUACACACAUUUUACAAGUCCUAUUCGAAGAUAUGCAGACAUUAUGGUCCACAGAUUAUUAUCUGCAAGUUUAAAGUAUAGAAACAUACCAACAUGGGACAUUGACUAUGUUAACAUGGUUGCAGCUCAGUGCAAUAAGCAAAAAUACAACGCGAAAAAGGCAGGUGAACUGUCAACAGAGUUAUACACCCUGAAAUACAUAGAAAUGCACUCACCUGUCUUAACUGAAGCAGUAGUUGUUGAAGUAAAGAAAAAAUACAUUGAUGUCAUUAUAGUUGCUAUGGGUCUAAAUAGGAGGAUAUUUUUCAAUAAUGACUUUCCUGGAAAAUAUGAACAUAUUUUCAAUGAAGCGGGAUCAAAGCUGUCAAAGAUGGAAUUAACUUGGAAUGCAACGGAGACUCUUCCUCAAGUAAAACAAGUUAUUAGUGUAUUCUCGACAUUAAAAGUUGAAAUGCACAAAGGCGAUGAGAUGGUUAAAGUUGAAGUUAAGCUUGUGAGACCAGAUGAUAUAGCCCCAAUUUUUUAAUUCUGACCAUUGUAUUUCUCUUAUAUUUCUUGCUAUUGCAUAUUUGACAUAUUUCAAAAUGAAAUAAUGAUUACAUAAUAAGAGUAUCAGUAAGACUAGAUUAACUUCUUGAAAAUAAAACUAAACUUUUAUCCGUAAUUGAGGUCAAUUAUGCACAUCAUUAUAAUUAUUUAAACGCACAAUCGAAUAAUUUUAAUUUUUUUAUGACAAACUUUUGACCAUUACAAUUUUUUAGAUUUUUAAUUUUAAUAUUAGUAAAAAAUUAAAAUCAGCCAUGCAUGUGAUUAUAUUUUUUUAAAUACACGCGUGGCUGUUGUUAUAUUGUACAUAAUUAGCAAAAUUUUAAUUAAGAUCAGUAUUUUAAACAAACAUGUUUAGUUAUGAUAAUAUCUCAUUUGAGUUGAGAAAAAGUUGUCUAUUAUGCAUUUAACAUUAUUUGUUUGUUACUAUAAUUUUGAAAUCUUAUUAUAAUAUUUCAACAAUGAACAUUUCGCAACAUUUAAUGCGAAAUGAAAUGUUAUUAAUGAUGAUUUCUUUAGAAUGGAUUUUGUUAAGUCUUUUAAUCAUUGCUUAGACUCAAUUCAAGGUACCUGUGUCAUUUUAAUUUUUAUUACACAAACAAAUCCAUUAAGCAUCUAAUACAAAAAUGUUUAUUUAUAAUAAGUACAUAUGACAACAUGAAGACAUUCAUGUGUAGAAUAAGUAGUUAUGUGAUCUCUGUUUUAACCUCUUGUAUUAUAAUAUUUUUGUAACACAUUUUUAUUACAAGUUAAAAUUAAGAGAAUGUCUUUAGGCUAAAUUUUAUGAACAAGUUGCUGAGUCACCAACUAACCUAUUAAUAUUUGAUGAAACUCAUUUACCAAGUGAAUCAAUACUUUCACAACCGUAACCCAACACGGCGAAACGAUAAUUUUAUAGACCUUGUGGUCAAGGGCUGAUCAAAUUUAAGACUUAAAAUUUAUUGUUGGUGGUGUGUGGACCGAUACAGCUGGAUUAUACAUAUACUUUUUGAUGGACUUUGUUAUACUUGAUGAAAUUUUAAAGAUAUAUGUAGUUCUUGUGUCCACUUAAAGUAAAUUGAUGUUGUGUAGAAAUAAGAUCUCAAUAUGAUAAUAAAGGUUGUAGUCAUUUU